AUGCAGGUUCCAUGUUUUGCAAUAACAUCUACCACAUUAAUGGCUAGACUUUCGCUUGGAUCACAGCAUUUUCAAACAGGAGGGAGGCGUAGUACCCUUGUGACUGAGAGUGCUACUCGCGCUGCCAAUUUGAGUAUCAGUUCGGCGGAGUCCGACGUUGAUUCUCACGAACAUGAGAGUGUUCAAACAGAGAUGGAGCACAAACCCGCGGAAGCAGAAUCCAACCUCGAGAUAGUAGAGCUGAGUUCAACAAAGCUUAUAAAUGAGACAGAAACAAAGUAUUCUCGGAUCGAAACCGAAAUAGCCGAUUUGAUCAGGACAAACAAGGAUCUCCUACGAGAAAACUCAAAGUUGAAGGAGGAGAACGGCGUUCUUCGAAGUAUGCUUGAAGAACAGAAAGCGAAUGUUGAGACAAUUGUCAAUUCAGAUUUUGCCAACGAGCUCGAAUCCACAGUCAUGAGCAGUUUCGCAAAGAUAUUAGACGAGAUUCUGAAAUUAAAAAAGCUGAGUGUAGAACAUGCGCCCCCUAAACCAAUAGAUAGAGUAAGUUCACCACAGAAGAAAGAACAGGCUAUCGUGGAAGUAAAAAGGGAAGCCCCCGGGCUCUUUCCUCCGUUUAAAGACAAAGUAGAGGAACGCCAAGAUAACAAGAGGCCCGCGGAUAACGAAUAUCCAGAGCUUACGUUUUUCCAGCCGAUAAACAGGAGACCAAAUGCGAGGAAGAAUGACAGUUUGUUCUCAGUCCACCGUAACAUGCCUGCUUCCCACUUGACCAUUGCUGAAACAGACGUUGCGAAAGAUACAGCAAACCCAUUCGAAACAAAUGGAGAAAACCAACAUGAAAAUAAUACUCCAACUAUUUCUUUCACUGAUAAGCUCAAAUUAAACAGGGACGAUGAAGUUGUGAGUUCUACUCCUCGCAAAAGACCAAAGAAGAAUGUACUUCUUGAUUUCUAUGGCGAUGAAAUUAUUCUCAAGAAGAAAAAACACACAGAUGCUAAUGUAGCAUAUGACAAUGGCAAUACAAGGCUGUACCCAGAUAAGGAUAUAGCUUCUGAAGGUCGUCUCAAGGACAGUUCCAACGGAAAUGGGCACCGCAGAGCUCUUUCUAACAUCACAAAUAAGAAGAAGGUCGCAAACGAGAAGCUUAAGCUAAUACCGGCUGUCGAGAGCAACUUCUUUGACUAUGUUGACGAGAACAUUUUAACGGAACAAACACAAAAGGCCGUUAAGCAAGUCAAAGACAUAUAUGACUAG